GUCUACAACACAGGAGAAAAACACAAAACCCAUAUCUCCUUCUCUCAAUGCUUGCAAGUUCUGAGCUCAUCAGGUUCCAUGUGGUUGAGAAAACCAGCUUUUCUUUGAGUUUAGAUUUCUUCUUAGUGGAUUUCUUGUGAGUAUGAGAUCAUAGAGAUGAAGUGGGUGUUCUUCGUGAGUUCGUAUGUUAUUUGGAUUGGGAAUUUGGAAAGUUGCUUUGAAUUUCAUUCCAUUCUUUUAUUGUUUUCCAUGCCUUUGGGCAAUUUGAUUGCCGAAAUCAUGCAAGAACAAAUUCCCAGAUGGGAUUUUUUGUGCAGUUGGUGGGCUUGACUCGGUCUAACUUGUGCACUCGAUCUGCAACUCACUGAUAAAAGUGUUAUCUUCCUGGGAAGUUCUUCGGCGAGAACACAAAACUGGACAAAGUCAAAUUUCCCCAUUGAUUGUUGUAUAGUCUGUGUGAAGUUCAAUCAAGGGAUUGUGCUGGCAAAGGCAGACCCAAGAGGACUACAUGGAAGAAUCCGGUAAUGAGAGGGCUCAUUCUGAUGCUCCCACCGAGCAUCAGGAUGGAACUACUGAUGUCAAGAAAGAAGAGGUUGAAGCAUUACAGACCGAGGAAAAGCGUCGAGAUGGUAAGCACGAAUUACAUCCAGUUUCACAAUCUGCUGAUCCCCAAAGUCAGGUCCGCUGCAUUUCUUGUUUGAGCAAAACUAGUUGCCGAACUGUGCGCUCAAGGACAAAACUAAUGAACAUUAUGAUAGAAAAAGGGAGGCCCCAGGAAGUUCAGUCCAUUUUGGAUAGUAUAAUUGAAGGAGGUCAUAAGCCAUCCUUGGUAACAUACACUACCCUCUUGGCUGCAUUGACCAUCCAGAAGCACUUCGAUUCCAUUCACUCAAUUAUCUCUCAGGUGGAAGAAAAUGGAAUGGAGCCUGAUUCUAUAUUCUUUAAUGCUGUUAUAAAUGCUUUUUCCGAAUCUGGAAAUAUGCAGGAAGCCAUGAAAUACUUCUGGAAGAUGAAGGAAAGUGGAUCUAAGCCCACUACAAGCACUUUCAACACAUUAAUUAAGGGAUAUGGAAUUGCUGGUGAGCCUGAAGAAUCUCAGAAACUAUUAGAGUUAAUGUCUCAAGAUGAAAAUGUGAGACCCAAUCUGAGGACUUAUAAUGUACUUGUAAGAGCAUGGUGUAACAAGAAGAACAUUAUGAAGGCAUGGAAUGUGGUCUAUAAGAUGGUAGCUUCUGGUUUGCAACCCGAUACUGUUACUUACAACACAAUAGCAACAGCUUAUGCUCAGAAUGGAGAGGCAAGUCAAGCUGAAGGGAUCAUUUUAGAGAUGCAAAACAGUAAUGUGCAGCCUAAUGAGAGAACAUGCUGUAUCAUCAUAGGUGGCUACUGUAAAGAAGGGAAAAUAAAGGAGGCUUUACGGUUUGUCAACAGGAUGAAGGAUCUUGGGCUGCAGCCUAAUCUUGUUGUUUUCAACUCACUGAUCAAAGGCUUCAUUGAUGCUGUGGACAGAGAUGGGGUCAACGAGGUUCUAACAUUGAUGGAAGAAUUUGGGGUCAAACCAGAUGUGAUUACAUUUAGCACCAUCAUGAAUGCAUGGAGUGCAGCAGGGUUCAUGGAUAAGUGCAGGGAAAUCUUUGAUGACAUGGUAAAGGCCAGAAUACAACCUGAUGCACAUGUAUACAGCAUCCUAGCUAAAGGUUAUGUGCGUGCGGGAGAACCUGAGAAAGCUGAAGAAAUCCUGAAUGCCAUGAUUAAAUCCGGUUUCCAUCCUAAUGUGGUGAUCUUUACAACCAUUAUCAAUGGAUGGUGCAGUGCCGGGAGAAUGGAGUAUGCGAUCAAGAUUUUUGAGAAGAUGUGUGAACGUGGAAUAGCUCCAAAUUUGAAGACUUUUGAAACCUUAAUUUGGGGAUAUGGAGAAGCAAGACAGCCAUGGAAAUCAGAGGAAGUGCUCCAAAUCAUGGAAGAAUUUAAUGUUCAGCCCGAGAAAACUACUCUCUUGCUUGUCGCAGAAGCCUGGCGUGCAACCGGAUUAAAGAAAGAGGCAAAUAGAAUAUUGAGUGCUGUGAAAAACGAGGAAAUGACCCAUGAAGCAGACAGAGAAGACAAGAUACCAGUGGGGAGCUCGGAGAAACAUUAUCAAAAGCUAAGUGCCUCAUUUCCAAACCAGUUACAGCUACCAAAUUUAGUUAUAAGUGAUCAAAAAGGUUCAGGUUCUGCUACCAAAAGAAGCCGGAUGGUGUUGGGAGACACUGACUUUUCACUGGAGAGUUCAUGGACUGCUACCAGAUCCUUGUCUCUUACCCAUAGUUGUACAUUUGGGGCAAGAUCACCAAUUAUCUGCCAGAAGCAGUCUCAUGGCCAGUUUUGUAUGUAUAGUCAGCUUGCACAUUCAUGUCCACUGGUGUUCUUGAACUGAAUGAAAGACAGGAAGCGCUACUCUUAGAUGAAACUCUAGGAACUGAAUAUACACUUGUAAAAGAGGCUGGCUGUUCAACUGCUGUAGAUAGUGAAAGGACAUGAAUCCUGCAAGAUUCAAUAGGAUUCUUGAGUUUCUUUUUGGGCUUGCUGAUUAUGCAAAUCAAUUUGUUGUUUUCCAUGUACCUAAUAUUCACAGUGAAUUCACAAAUUUCUUGACAAAACAAAGAUAUGCUCUUUAAAUUUUAAGUGAA